UUCACAAAAAGGCGUGGCUAAAAGUAGCCACGCCCACAAAUAUUAACCCUUCUUCACUUCAGCUAAGCUAACAUGGCAAAGAGGACAAAGAAGGUAGGAGUAGUGGGAAAGUAUGGUACACGUUAUGGUGCCUCUCUACGUAAAAUGGUGAAAAAGAUAGAAAUUACACAACACUCCAAGUACAACUGCUAUUUCUGUGGAAAGCGAUCAAUGAAAAGAACAUGUGUUGGUAUAUGGCAGUGUAAGAAGUGUAGGAAAGUGAUCGCUGGAGGAGCAUGGGUACCAAGUACGACAGCUGCUGCUACCAUUAGAAGUGUUAUUAGACGUCUGAGGGAAAUGGCUGAACAGUAGCUUAAUUUAAA